CAAUUAAAAGGGAAAUACUUUUAGCGUGACAAGCAUUCAUAUUGGAUCUUUUUAUCAUCCGCAAUCACUAUUCUGCCCAAUGGCUAUAGAACAAACAAAAACAGAUUGGCAACCGACAAUAGAUAUCAACAAAAAUGUAAGUUCAUCAUUCGUUGAACCUGAAUUGGCAGUGCUAAUGCACUUUUUGAUGGAUGAACCUGUGGAUUUUCGUCAAAAAGUGGAAGCGACAAAGAUGUUGAUUGGUGCUAGAAUACAGUCUGGCUUACAGGAUCAAGAAGCGUACACAAUCACAUUCUUUGAGCUUUUACUUGGUGCUGCAGGUGGAUUGGCUGCUGUUCUGAGCACGCCAAAAGCAUUAGGAGGGAGUGAAUCGUAUUCAAGUAUUUGGCAAAGUGGAUUGUGCAGUUUGGUACCUUCGAUCAUCCAAACAAUUCAGGCAGAAAGAACAGAUGUGGUACGCUCGGAUAGCGAGUUGGAUGAUAUCGAAAAAGCCUGUCAUCUGUUUGUAGAAAAGGCGAAAUCUCUCAUGGAUAAAUGCGAAGUCCAUCGAAAGGCAACCAAUUCCGACAAGCAAAAUGAUGUGGAGAAAGAUGCUGAUCCGGACACGAUCAUGAUGGACUCACUGAUCUCCAGUACAGGAGGUGAAGGGUCUUCAGAGCGUAGUUCAAUCCAAGCAAUGUUGGUUCAAUCUUUGGUUGACCGGGAUGCCGUUAGACUUGAUCGGUGGCAGACUGGAAAGCAUUCUCUUGCAGAAGCAGAAAUGCUCCUGAGACCUUCGCAAAUCACAAUGGAUGCAAAGCAUAUGUCCAUGACUGUGUCAGAGUACACUUCACAACGUCUCCUAUCUGGAGAGGCCCUUGACGAUCCCAACUUUGUGGAAGCAAUCGAGUCUGAUUAUUCCACCCAAGAUCAACUCUGUCGCGCAUUAAUGGAGUCUAUGCUAAAUUGGGCAAACAAUAAUGAAUUAGAACCGCUUUCGAGAGCAUGCUCUAUGUUGUUGGAAAGCAGCUCUGCUUUACAGAUAUGGCUGUUCUUCGUUUCUCCUGCUCAAGCUUUGCAGCCUAUUUGCGUUAUUCUCGACAAUCCAGAUCUAUUGCAAUCUGGUGAAGAUCCUUCCGUUUUGGCACCUAUUGUAUUAUUUGGUCAAUUCGUGAUCCAGAUCGGAUUGGGUUCAGGUGCAAGCUUGGAAGACUUGUGUCCUUCUUCACGCUCUCGCUUCUUACCUUCGGUUAUGCGAUCAUUGACUGCUACAAGACCGUUGGAUCGAUUAUCAAAGAUGGAACAAGAAACUGUUGCAAAUUGGAUUACUGCUUUGUUUGGAAGUGAUGGAAUUUCUGAUGAUCUAAUUCGAGCUUCUUCUCCGCAAUUACUAAUGCGAAUCGCUCCUACAAUCUUCUCGCAAGCAAUCAUUGCAACAUCCACAAAUGUCAUCGAUAUGGACACUCUGCGUGGCGGGCUGACUUACUUUCUACAGGAUCUGCUAAGCUAUACUUUACCUGGUGCGUUAAGAUCGGUCGCUAAUCAAAUCCAAAGAGGUCAAUCUGGAGAAAAUGCAGAUGCAGAAAAUUCAAAGAAGUACAGAGAAGUUUGCAUUGAGGUAUUACGAUGCGUUUUGCUGGAUGAAAGUUGUUCUGUGACGAUUAAGCGUCUCGUUUCACAACAAAUCGUUGCAGUGCUAGAGAAAGAUCAACUUAAGGCGCCUCUCUCCGACGCCGAACAAGGUUUGCUACAACAUUUUAUCCCAUUCAAUCAAUCUCAAACCAGAAGAACAGAUAUUUGGAUCAAAGGAGCAUCUUCAACAAUGUUGCCAAGUACUUUGGAUCCUUUGUUGAACAUGAACGCAUCACUUUACUCAAUAAUGACUCAACGUGGAUUAGACGCAGUUGUUAGUCUUUUGAGAAAAAGUGAAAAAUCUGUAAUAAUUCAAAAACCAAUUUGUUUCUCCCUUGCUUUGAUAGCAUUGCAAGAUACAAACCAACCAAAAUCAUCUUUGGCAGACGAAAAUACAAUAAGGAUCAUCACCCAACUCUUACAACAAGAUCGUUCAAUCGAUUUACGCUUAUUGCUCACCCUUUGUCAAGCACAUUUGCCUCAUAUCCACAACGCUAUUUCGGCAUUUUUACAGCUUGAAAAUGCUACCAAGAAACGAAUGCUUUCAGUGUAAUUUGUACAGUAUUUGCAUAGUUUUGCUCCAUCUCACUGGGAAAUUGUUCUUUACUCUGCCUUUGCCUGAAUUAGUCUGUCUCACAAGAAAUCCUUCUUAUGUACACUUCUCAAACUCGAUAAAUGUGAAAUCAUGAUAAAGAUUGA